AUGUCAAGCCCAGAAACGGUAGAUAUCAACAGAGUUCCGGUGGUUGUAGCAAUUUUAUGGACGGAAACCGCGGUUGCGGUCACCAUUGUCUCCAUGAGAUUCUGUGCAAGGACUAUGAUCAAAAGGAUUAGUUGGGACGACUGGCUUAUGCUUGUCACACUGGGAUUACUCAUUAUCUGUGCAGCUCUAACUACAGCCCAGUCCAAUGUGGGCGGGUAUCGACAUGUACAGUUCCUCUCCCAAGAUGAAAUUAUUGAUGCUCUUGAGGUCAAUUUUUUCCUUCGAGCCGCCAAUAUCUUGUCUUUCGCGACAGGGAAGGCUGCUGUGGGUAGUCUCAUCCUCCGCCUGAUGGGCCGCUUCAAUCAGUGGCAGAGAUGGGUGGUAUGGGUGGUCAUUGUCCUGACAGCACUUACCAAUAUACUAAACUGCAUAUUCAAUUUUGUCCAAUGCCGCCCAACCAAGGCGAACUGGAAUCCAGAGGUGCCGCAUAGCUGCUGGCCCCCGCGGGCACAGCUGGAUUUUGCAUAUUUCAUGUCAAGUGAAAACAUCAUGGCUGAUGUGAUUCUGGCAAUACUCCCUGCAACUAUCUUUUGGAAUCUCAACUUCAGCACCAAUAGAAGAAUUUAUUUAUCCGUUGUGCUAAGCCUCGGCUCGAUGGCUGCUAUUUGUGGUAUUGUCAAGACAACAGAGCUCGAUUCUAUUGGUGACGAUGACUUCACAUCCCUCGAACGCAAGUUCGGGUACUGA